AUGCCGGACGAUUUAUCCUUCCUUGACCAACUCGAAGAAUGGUUAGACAAUCAAGUGCCUAAUAACCUCCAUGAACUACCUUAUAAGAUGCUGGAAACCAUGGAGAAAGUUACCAACGAACUAUUUGAAACGCUAAACAUCCAUGGGCCACCAUCCAUCUCAAUUCCCUUCCCACCUUUCGGUGGGAAAGAUUCUCUACCACCUCCCCCUCCGCCUACACCACCUUCUAUCAUCCCCACCACAGGUUUUAAAGCGGCUUAUUGCAAAUCGGAAAGAUUGAUCAAAGAGCAUCCGUACUUGUUCAGCGCAGCGAUCUCAGUUGGGUUGGGAUUGACAGGUCUAACAAUUUACAAGUAUUCCAAUAAUCUGCGAAAUCUCAAGAAUGAUCUGAAGAUGAGAAGGAAAUUUGGAGUCAAGGGUAGAGUAGAGGAUGGGAUGUUGAAGGAAGCGAUCGUCAUUCUUGCCCCGUCACCUAUGCCACCCCUCCUCAUACCCCUCGCAGCGAGCUUGCUCAGAGCGGGAUACAUCGUACUGGUAGCUGUACCUAAAUCGAGAGAUGCUGAUCAAUUGGAGAGACGAUUGAGUGGAUUGGAAGAGAAAUCAGCACUCAGAGUUUUGAUUUACGAUCCUGAUGACACCACAACAUUCCCACCAUUCCACCGAUCAUUACUUGCCACCCUGACUCUUCGAUUCCCCGUCUCCGGCAAGUACCCUUCCGGAGAUCCCUACAAUCCUUCACCUGAACAACUACCUCAUAUUCACUCUUUCCUUUCUCUCUACCCUCUUAAUCCAUCUCCACCAAGUCAACCAGGAUCACUACCUGCUCUACCAACGCUCCUCUCACCCAACUCCGAUGGAUCUACUCCGACAUUAAUCAAUUUCUACCCUUCUGGCUCGGUCAUUACUACCCCCGAUACGUUUGCAAGUCAGGUGCUUACUCUCAACCACCAUCUACUCGGACGUAAUCUCGCUGCAUCUUCCGGAGCUCGGAUCGUCUCAGUCUACGUGGGUGACGUGGAUUUACCUACUCUACCAGCUAUACUGAGUGGUGGGAAACACUUAACUAGAAGACAAGCUGCAAGGGAACAACUACUAAACAACCAUUCGGCCAGCGGUAAAAUGUCAGUCAUCAGAGAUUAUUUAGUUGGAUCGAUUUCGAAUUUAUACGGUAAUAUCCUGGGUAUAGUGGGAUUAGGAAACAAAGUGAAAAGUUACGAUAAGUUUGAAAAGAGAUUAUUGAAAAUCAUCAGACGUCCUUCAUAUCUCAAUCCGAAUGUGUCGGUCUUGAGAGGAACGGUACUUAGGAAUAACGAAAGUUGGUUUAUCGGUUCCAAAUCAUUUUUCCCAUUUUUCGUUUACCACCUUAACCUACCUCCUAUCUUACUUAGUAAGUUGGUAGGAUUGACAAGUACCUAUGUCUUACCGACUUCUUCUACUGGUCCUGUCAACCCUGUCACUACUUCAAAUUUACUUUCCCCUACGCUGAAACAUAAAGAAGAGAAAGGUCUACCGAGAACGCCCACGACCGCUUCUGCGAACAGUAGUGAUCACGAGGGAAACGACGAUUUGAUUAGCUCGAUUCAUACCACUAGUAACUCAUCUGGAAAUGGGGAUGAAGAUACUUCUGCUUCUGGGAGUGGGUUGGAAGGUAGUUGGGUAGGAUUGGAUUCUGCGAAUUGA